AUGGCCAGGUAAGACACAACAAUUGACCUAGCUUCGGUUUGAACUUUUACAGUACAAUACAACAACAUCAACAAGUCAAUCACCAGUUUCAUUUAUAACGAUGAUGUUGCUGUUGCAAUCACGGGGUUCAAUAGUAGUUUCACAUUUCCAAGAAGCUUCUUAGGAAGUAAGGAAAAUGUAUACCGCAUCGCUUAUCAGCAAACAUUGAUAUUCGGAAGCUAUAUCUUUUAAAAAUAUUUUAGUUAAGCUCUCCUCAACAAGCGAACACUAAUUGAUAUUCCUGGCCCGCGUUUUUCAUGGAGUGGAAUAUAUAUAAUCAGUGGAAUAUAAAUAAUUCUAUUUGAUUCCAAUGCAAAAUAGGUGUAUUUACGACUUUUCCUUUUAACAUCUAGUUGAAAAAGCAUCAGUAAAGAAAUUGAAAAUGAAAAGACAAUUCACUUAGCUUGACUGACCCAAAUUCAUCGUUUUCAGUAGUGAACUUGCUCCUCUAGAUUCAGUUCACCAUCAACUACCCUGGGAGGAUAUGUCUCGCUCCAGUAAUUAUUCAAUAAUAGGUUAUACAGUUGACUCCCGAGAUCCACACACUCGCUAACUCGAACCAAAAUCGAUUUCCUCUGGAUUUCGUUCAUACAUUUACUAGUAAUUUUACCCUCGGUAACUCGAACCCUCGAUAACUCGAGCAUCCCGCUAACUUGAAGUGAUUUUUGUUUUCUGUCCGAUCAUUUCUAUAAUUUUACCCUCGAUAACUCGAACCAUCCAGGGGCCCUUGCAAAGACAAAUACAGGACAUGUGGCAAAGACGUGUCAUCAGAGUUCGUCCCCUUCCCUGUCGGUGAGAUCACCUUCACUGUGAAUGGUACACAAUAUAAAGUUAUCAAUCCUGAUCCGACCAUGAGCCUGAACGAAUGGAUUAGAGAUCAGCAUGGACUGCAAGGUACUUUUAGGAUCGAAGAUAACAUGUUGCAUCGACCUUAGUAACCUUUCACUCUUAAUUUAUAACCAUGACCUUCCAAGGAGUUUAAUUUGCUUCCGCUGAGGUAACCCUACGAUAAGACGAUAAGUGCUCGGCGAAAUCGGCUACGAGUAAUGCGUUAUUUUCUCAGGGAUAGUAAAUAAUGCGUAAACUGCAAACGCGCACGAAAAUUGGUAGGUCAGGGUUGUGGUUAGCGUUACAUUUGAGUUCCGAUUUUUAAGCCCGCUUGUGUUUCCUUUCCUUUAUUAAACCCAAGAAAAAUAUGGACCACCGGCAUUAUUCCAUUCAAGCUAUCAAUUCGAAAUAACCUUCCUCCGCUUUUACCAUGAGCAGAUAAAAAGAAUUUAGAAUCUACAACCGCUUGGUUAAGCUGAUACAGAAUACUACGUAGUCUGUUCACAAUCUUGUUCUGUUAAAAAUUAAUUUCACCAAAAAAUUUUCAUAUGUUUAUGUUUUCUUGAAACUUGAUGCAUCUAGGUACAAAAGUAAUGUGCCGUGAGGGAGGGUGUGGCUGUUGUGUUGUGUCAGUAACAAGGAAUGAUCUGAGCACUGGCAAAGAUGUUAUAAUUGCUGUCAACUCGGUAAGUACUCCUUCAAUGCGAUAUAAAAUUGUAAGAGAAAUGCUUGACUUACAAUAAAGAAAACGGAGACUGUAUUAAGAACUGCUAAAAUUUAAAAAUUCUCAAUUCAUUUAUUGAUGAAUAAAUGUUUCUUUUAUUUACUUGUUCAUAUGGAAAUUAAAAGUGAAAUUCUUUAGCAGUCCUUUGAGUUUAUGACUUCAUUAAAUUUAACUUACAGAAAAAGGAAUGUUGGUGGUGUAUAUCCAGUCCUUCGGAUUGUUAAACGCCAAAUAUCAUAAGACAAGUCCCGCCCCCAAACACAUCAAUUCCACUUUAUCCUUAUAGCCUGUUUAGGACAGAGAAGACAGAAACCAUACCCUGUUCAGAGGCACAUCCCCGUACCGAGGCCAUAUAACAAAGUACUCCCGGGCCUUAUACGCUAAGUUUUUAUACCUACUUGUUCAUGUUUAUUACUGAAACCUUCUUUUAGUGCCUAUUCCCAUUGUGUGCUUCUAAUGGUGCGGUUAUCACGACAGUUGAAGGCAUUGGAAAGUAAGUGUCGCACGCAAACUUAUGUGUUUACUCUGCCGCGUACGUUCUUUAUUUAUCAUAUCUGGCAAUAGGCAUGCCGUGAUAGUAGGGGUCAGUACACCUUCCAAAGCGUCAAAUGCGUUCUAAAGUAAAAUUAAGUUUCAUAAACAAAACCUGUAAAUUGCUUGUUUGUACAAUAGAAGUAAAGAAACGUGCUUCUACUAUCAGUGGGGACCAUCAAGCGCAAACGAAUCUGUUUCCAUUAAGAUCUAAGUUUGACGAUUUGUGCGCAUUCUUUAACGCAUUAGAAAAGCUGCUGUGCAAAAAUAAUUAAGCUUGAUUUUUUUGAUUUAUCGUGCUUCUUUUUCUAUUUGUAAAAAUGGUCGCCAGUCUUCAGAACGUUCUCCUACUCCCUUUCUGAUUUCCUCGUCCAUCAUUUCUUCUCUUCAGGCUCGCAUCUUACCAAAACUGUUCUAAGCAUGGGAAGUUUAAGAGCGUACACUCCCAAGAGGACUACCGCUUUUACGUCUUGAUCCUAAAUCUCACUGGCCGAAUUUUAACAUUAUAUUCGAGCCGUUUUAAAACUAAAACACGAGAGUCAAAUAAGAGGGACCUUGGAGCCUUCAGAGUUUUUUUAAAGUUUACGUUCACUACUGAUAAACUUGAAUUUGUACGUUUUAGAGUUUUUUUAGAACUCGAACUAAAAAAGAAGACACCGCGUGUUUUUACAUAUUUAACACACUAAAAACUGUAAAAACUGUAAAAAUAAAAACCUCGAGAUAUAUUUCGCUCUUCGAGCCGGUUCAGUCAAUGCAGUUUUAAUUUUACAGUUUUUAGUGCGUUGAAUGUGUAAAAAGACGUGAUGACUUCUUCUAGUUCGAGUUUUUCUAACACAUUCCUGGCCUCGGCGUUUAGAAUGGUUCAGAAUAUCUUUUAGAACGCCUUAGAAAUAGAAGUUAGUUACAACAUUUGCAGGUUUAAGGUAAAAAAAAUACUUUUUUCUGAAUUGCAGUCGAUUUGACGGAUAUCAUCCCAUCCAGGAAAGACUUGCGGAUCAUAACGGAAGUCAGUGUGGCUAUUGUUCACCAGGAUUUGUCAUGAGCAUGUAUAGGUCUGUAUGGAGUGAUGUUCACGAAACACAUUUCUUGUAUUGGAUUUGUGCAGUUUGAAAUUGGUUUAAAAAUCUUGGGACCCUUCUUCUACCAAUUUGCUUUGUUUUUAUGCCAGUUUGUUGAAAGAGAAUCGUUGUCCGUCCAAGCAAGAAAUUGAGGACAGCUUUGAUGGGAACAUGUGCCGUUGUACAGGUUAGGGUUUAACUUUAACAGUUACUGUGAAUUUGACUUGAGUGAACGCCUGGUUUUAGCGGUAUGUUUACCACUGGCCUUAAGACAUGUACACCUUGACGACUGGACCUUUAAUUUAGAUCGUAGUAUUCACUACAAAACACUUCAUCUACUACUCUAAGACGUCUCUCCUCCGUAGAUUCUCCCGCUGGGAUUCAAAAGAAUUUUAAAAGAAAGUGUUAAGCGCGUGGAGUACAAUGGGAAGAGGGCGAGAGAGAGAGAGAGCCUCGCCUCGCUUUCCGUCAUCCCCCGCGUGCUUCUAUUUUCCUUUUCCCAGCCUAGCUCCCGACGACACUAAGAGGGUGCAUUAUGGUCAAAAUGGUGAACUGUAAUGUUUCAGGACCCAAUAAUCGCCUUCCUUUUAUCGUUACAUCGUUAGGUUACCGUCCAAUUCUAGAUGCAAUGAAGACGUUUGCAAAAUCCUCAGAUCCUAUAGAUAUCGAGGUAUUUACGGCUUAACCGGACUCAUUUUUCAUAAAAGUCAUCAAAGACCUCAUCCACAGUAACCCAUGGCUACUCUCGUUUGAAAGCGUAGACAUUUGACUUUAACGAGCGAAGCAGUCUUCAUCGUUAUUCCAACGAACUUACAAGACAUUUCAUAGCCUGCUGUUUGCUGAACUGAACAAUGACAAAGCAUUGAAAACUUGACAGUGUUAGAAAAACUGGACCAAACAUUGACCUUUGCGUCUUUCGAAUUAGACAACAUUAAACUUACCCUUUCAAUCCUCUUUGAAACACCUCGGCCUUUUUCUUUUUUGUGACAAGUAUAAACCUAUAGUGGAUAUGUUCAGUCCACACGAACCAAAUUUAAAUAAUUUCACAAUUUCACGCACCAUAACCUUGCUAACUAUUGAGAAACGGGUCGGGGAGGGUCUACGAAAGACAAAAUGACAAAAAAAAAAAUGAAAAAGCACAACAGUUCCCACUUAAACGUUUUGAAACCUUCAAGAACAAAAUUAAUUAUCAGUGGAACCUCAAUACAUCGAAGGGCCAAUGGACUGGCAAAAUUUGUUCGCUUUAACGAGGUUUCGUUAUAGAUCGAGGCUGAUCGAGGUUCUUUUUCAUAUUCUUUACUAUUGCUGGGGGAACGAAAUUCGUUCGUUAUAACGAGGACUUUGUUAUUUAGAGAUUAGUUAUGUUGAGAUUCCACUGUAAUUCGUUUGGGACAACGUUUCUGAUAGGAAAUAAACAAGUGCUCAAGUCCAUGUUUUAAUAAAGAGGUAAACUGUUCAAGAAAAUGUGUGACAUUAUCUGGUGAUCGAGAAGCGAAUGUGCUGUGGUAUUGUCCAAAGUCAAAAGCUGAUUUGUAUGCAUUGAUGAGUAAACACAAGAAACAUAAAGUCAGGCUGGUGGCUGGAAAUACUGGACAAGGUAAAUAUAAAGACCUUUGCCUAUAGUUAGAAAACAGGGGCACUCAACGACUGUUUUCUGAAAAUAUCUGUUCGGAGAAGCAAAAAUUGCCUGGAAUUUUCUAUAUCUUGAGGAUCGCUAAAAAUUUGUUGAUGAACGGUUCCAUCCAUGUACAAUUUUCGAAGCUUUUGUAACAAAUUCCCUACGUUUUUCGGAAGUUUUAUUUUUUUACAUUUCACUUUCCAGGUUAGGCUAUUUUUAGAAAAAACGAAACCUGAAAUUUUCGGAUUCAAAAAAAGUGAUGGAAAGAGGAAUCGGAAACUCUAAAUUGUUACUUUCAUAAUACGUUAAAUUGCAUCUUAAAUAUUCGGGAAAAUAAUACCAAAGCCUUAGUAAUUUCGAAAAGACUCAAGUUCCCUUGGAUGACCGAGCAGAUACAAAUUUCAUAGUGCUGCUUAGAAUGCAUCUCUCGAAAUCUAAAGGUACUCUGAAAAGCUUAGAAAGUGUUAUCAAUGUGUUUAGGGAGAGACAUUCGUUGGGUGCCCCUGAGAAAAGCCAAAAUUUUGAACUGAAUAGAUUAUUGCUAAGAAAAUCGUCCUCUUUUGCCUCUAAAUUCCCAAACUGUGCUUUGUGAUUGAAUGGCGGCAAAGGGGAAAUUUUAAAGCGAAAAUAUUCAGUGUUAUAUCAAGAGACGGAUAUCCCCACCCAGAUCAUCUCUCUAGUUGAUAUCCAAUUCUUUAAAAGACAGUGGUAAAAAUUUGAUUUUAAUAAGUUAACAUUAUAAAGUUUAUUUAGAUUCCUCGUUUACGAUCGAGGCUCCUAAUCGGUAUCCAGUAUUCGAGGGCUAUAGGCUAUCGUUAAUUUUAUGACAUACGUUUGUAUUCCGUUGCGUGACUAACAUUUUAUACCAAAAAUAAAAUGUUCAUAGGGCGAAUGUUUUUGCAUUUUAAUGUUGUUCGACAGUUUCUCCCCGCUUUCUUGAGCGUUUAGUGGACUCACUAAGAGUGUCGACUCUCCCCGGCUUCUAGUUCCUUAGCAGCCCUGCUCGGGUCAGUAGAACUAGGAUCUACUUACGGGCGGGGACUUCACCGAUAAGACGCCCCAUUUUCGCGCAGUCAAAGAGAGAUUUUCCCUAUAACCUCGUGUCCUUUUCUCCGUGUGAAUAAAGUUUUAGAUUCUAGCUUCCUUGAAGGUAGAACGGAGCGGCGAAAAGAAUUUCUUUUCCUUCUCCUUUUCUCUCACUCCACUUUCUACUUCGUCAUUCCUCACCAUCUGAACGCUGGGAAGAUGCUUAUGUCCUUGAAAAUGUGCGUUUUAUAGCUACUGUUAAUGACUGAGCAAAUUAUUACUUGUAGGCAUUUACAAGAAUGACGGCCCUUUUGAUGUGAUAAUUGACAUUAAUCAGAUAGAGGAACUGCACAACGUUCCGAGUAAUACCCAGGUAAUGUUAAAAAAUUGAAAGUGAAGCCGAAACGCCUUUUAACUUCAGUGGCAUAGAACAUGAAGUUUAUGUAAAGCCAGAGGUUCCAACAUCCACUUGUAAAGAAAAGAUUUGAAAUUACAUCUCAUUUUCUACACUAAAAAAAAAAUUCUUACAACAGUCGAAAUAGUAGACAGAUCUUAAAUUAUUUUUUGACUUUUUUUUACGCAAUCUUUUCUCUCCUCGUCACUUUCUUUUUUUACUUAUUAAUUAUAAAUUCUAUUCUUGUGCGCCAAGUGAACAAAUUAGUCUCGUCUACAAAUAUAAAUCUUGACAUUUAAUUUUUUGAAAAAGAUUAUGACUAGGAUGUCGUUCUUCUUUGUUGUAGGAACUGUAUGGUAGCAUUAAAAUUGGUGCUGGGCUGUCAUUAAACAGCUUUGUAAGUGUACUGAAUAACAUAGCCAGUACAUGGGAAGGCUUUAAUGUGAUGGCUGAUCACAUACGUAAGGUAAAAUAUUUCUUAAAGUGAAAAUGUUCCUUGUAGUUAAACGGACAACCUUUUAGCUGUUGAAAAAGAAUCUGAAAAGAACGUAAAAAGAUCUGAAUAAUUUUUCCGCAAGCCAAAAGAGUAGUUUUUAAGUGAAAGGAUAAAAGAUAAGAUUGUAUCAUCUAUUACCCCAACCAAGAGAAAAAACACCUUACUCCAACUUAGCAGUUAGCAGAACGAAAUAGUGCAUUAACCCACAGUACUGACAAGUCAGGUUAAAACUUUCUUGUUUGCUGAUUUAAAAAAAGAUAAUUGCGUCAAUCGAUGGUCUCUAUGCAGAGUAUGUAUCUGAUUGUUCAACCCAAUUAAUUCAGAUUUAGCUGUCGAAAAUCAUUUUUUCUUUUACAUUUAGUGUUCAGGACUAGGGAGGGCUAUUUUUAUACAUGUAUCUACAUAUUUCAACGCGUUUUUGAUAAAUAAUACUCAAAUAAAUAAAUUAAAGGUAAAGUUAUCAUUACUUUUCUCCUUCAUAGGUUGCAAAUGUUCCUGUUCGAAAUGUGAGUGAUUCAAUAUUUCAUCCGGUUAAAUGAUAUUAUAGGCAUACACAGUAAUUUUGAAGGAGUUAUAAUAACUGCUUUCGUGGGGUUAAUUUAACUACUCACAGUGGAGUUAUUUGUUUUUUAACUCCAAAAAGGAGUAUUAAGAACUCCUUUUCAGGGGUAAAAAUCACCUCAGAUAUUGAGGAGUUAAAAUAACCCCCCAAAAGGAGUUAUCCUGUACCUAAAAUGUUUACUCCACUUUCAGAGUUAAACUAACUCCAAAAAGAGUAAAAACAACUCAUGUAAGGAGUAGAAAUAACCCCUUUUCUGAGUUAUUUUAACUCCAGACUGGGAGUUAAAAGAACUCUUUUUCAGGCGUAAAAAUGACCCCAAAUUUAGACUUAAAUUAGGAGUUAAAGUAACCCCAUAAAAGGGGUUAUCCUGUACCUAAAAUCUUUACUCCAUUUUUUGAGUUAUAAUAACUCCCUAAAUAUGACUGUGUAUAACUGUACCUUAAUAGGUGAAUCCUUUAGAUAUUUGCUAAGGUGUUAAGAUGACCAACUUAUCCCACUUGAAAGAGCAUCAAGUGUUUAUUUUAACCUUGGGCUCCUGCCUUCAGUUAACAUUUUACGCCUAAACUUUGAACAUUGAGUUGGUAGAGUGUAGAUUUUUCAUCUAAGAAUGAUGCCCUCUUUAGUAGCUGUUUGUAAGCGUGUCUCAUUUCUUAUCUUCUCCUAAGAUGGAAAAUCUAAUCAAGAUUAUGAUAUGGCUGAAUCCGCGAGCGACCAAGAUGAAUUGAAUUCUGCUUUCUGAUUGGCUACCCAAGCAAGAUGGCUAAUCUUGCCAGCUUGGGGAUUAUUCGCGUUUGUCCCUCAAGAACAACUUAUCUUUUUGGCCACAUAAAUCCCUUAUUGACCGAGCGUGUAUAUAUAGCUGUAAAUUUUUUCCCAACAGCGCGCACUCUUAUUGGUUUCUUCGAGGUCACAUGACAUCUAACAAUGAAACUGUGUCUGGCCAAAAUCACUGAGCGGGCAGGCAACAUUACAUAAUCUAUGACGUCAGAAGGUAACAGUGCCCUGUUUCUGUCAAAUGUUGACCGAAGAGCACAGUUACAGCGAGGUUUAAUGAAUUUCUUCCAGCUUCAAAAAUCUCCAGCUAUAGGCGGAUUAUUCGUGACGUCAUUGUUUACAUUUUUGCUCAUUAGUUCUCGGGAAACAAAAAUAACUGUUUCCUUAUGGAUCAGUCGUUAGGUGAUUAAUAUUAGCCUCGUUCUUUUUCUUUGCAAACAUUCACCCAUCUUGACCUCUUGCAUGGUCAAUAACGCAUAUGUAAUGACUUUUGGCUAGGUUGGUGGUAUUGCAGGGAAUCUAAUGUUGACGCAUGCCCACUCUGGUUUUCCUUCUGAUAUUUUCACCAUUCUUGAAGCGGUUGGAGCAUGCCUGAUUAUCGGUAAGAUUCUUGUAUGGACAGUAAUAAAAACGAUAGGACCAGGUUUGUGUUUAAGAAUUCGCAGAUCUAUAAUAACAUUGCAAUAAUAUAUCUCUAUCAGUGUUUUUUGAACUUCUCAUCUUCCUGUAGGUGACAGUACAACAGAAAGUGAGUCUCAGUAUUCCUUGUUGGAAUUUCUUUCUCUUGAUAUGACUGGCAAGGUUCGUGAAUUGUUUACUUCCUAUCAGUAAUUGUUUACGUCUUUAGUGGAAAAACAAGAGAAUAUAACUUUGCGUAUAAUUCAAAGAAUAUAUAAUACAACCCACAAAAAAUCACUUAAACAGGGCACUUAAACAGUUGGUUUUGUGAGUACAAAGCCUUUCAAAUGGAGAAAACAAUUUUUCCUCAUAGAGACGAUACUGAAAAGUGUUGCCUUUCACUUACUUCCGUUUCAGUUAAUAAUUCCAAGUUUUCUUUCUUAUUCUGUCAAACGUUGACAAGGUCGUAAAAGAAAAGAUCCUGGGACGAGUUCUGGUGCGGAAUUCCAGAAACAAAGCAAGCAUGGCGAAACACAAAUGCUUGCUUUGGCAACUCUUAAAGCUGCAUCACACAUCCUUUUCGACUCCAUUGAUAAAAGGUUUUCAGAUUGGCAGUCUUAACUCAGUAACUGAUUUGCUGAAGAGGCCCAGUGAUACGAUUCAUUGCUCUUAGAAUUCUUAAGGGUUAACUUAAAAUUAGAGCUUUAUAAAAUACACUGUACUGGAACUACUGUAAAGAGUUUUCGCACAUUCUCACAGGUCAUCUUGGCUGUUAUGUUACCUGUUUUAUCACGUGACUAUAUCAUUUUCACCCACAAAGUCAUGCCAAGAUCUCAGGUAAGAAUAUGAUAUUAAUAAAAGAUGUCCUCACUAGGAGAUCAGCUUGAAGUUGCUUACUGUUCCAAAAUUAUUUGUCGUUAUUCUAUUUAGUAAAAAUACCUUCAUAUGAUAAACCUUAUUGCCAUUAAUUUUGCGCCUACAUAUUUUGGAAAGUAUUAUUUAUAUUGUCGUUCAUACACAAGAAAAAAUGACCAAUUUGCAGUUAAUACCUCGAUUUUUUCAUUUCUUUUUUGUUAAGACCAGUCCAUUUACGAUGGGUUAAAAUAGCCACCCUUUGUAUUGUGUUUUUAAAGAGUUCGGUUAGGAAAGAUGGGACGUUUUUUCAAGUUAAUCAGUACCUACGUUUUAUAAUUUUUUUCUAGGAACGUUUUCUGGUUGUAGCUGUCUUAUACGACCCUUAUUCAUCAUUAUUGUAAAUAAAAUAUCCUUAUUUUCAGAAUGCUCAUGCAUAUGUGAAUGCUGGUUUUGUGGCCAAGUUGGACAAGAACACCAUGACUUUGAAUAAUGUUAGGAUUGUGUACGCUGGAAUAACACCGUUUUCUGUAAGAACAUUUUUUAUAAUUUUUUACUGACGGACUAGACUCACUUUCUGACAAAUUAUGACAAAUCAAGCCGUAAAGGAAGCAUUUACAAAGUGAAGCAGAAGAUAGCAGAUCAGUUUACUCCACAUAUUUUCAAAGCCUUUUUAUAGGUUGCAUUUUUUAAUCUGGUCACGUUAACGGGUAUGCUCUUAAAUCUUGACUCUAACUAGAGACGAUCUGACGACCGAUUGAUGUGAAGGUUAGCAUUUAUUUGCUGUGUGUUUUUUAAUAAGAAUCAAAAACAUCCAGGGUUGUAUCUAGGGUAUUUUAGGGGUAGAAGCUUCCCCCCGCAAAUAUAUUGCUAUCAUUACAGUAUACAAGUCAUUAUACUGGAAAAAUCAUCCAGACGUUAUAAGGGUAGUGCACAUGAAGUAAGUAUUCCCUGUCUUAAGACACUAUAUCACAAGUUCCGGGGGGGACAUGCCUUCGGAUCCCGCUUGGAAGCUCGGCCACUUGGGACUUCAACCCCAAUUGAUGAAUCCUAGAUAGAACCCUGACAUCCAUCUAGUUUCUCCUCCCGGUUACUUGUCAGAUACCGGAUGGGCUCGUUUAUAGUUUGUGUUCCGAUAACCUCUUUGUUAUUGGUCACCCAACCCAGUUUUUUCCAAACAUAGUAUACAACUAUGCCCCCAAGGGAAGGUGAAAAGUGGUGAAUAUACCGAGACGCGAAGCGUCGAGGUAUAUAUCUAGCGCUGUUCACCGACCCUGAGGGGAAUAGUUGUUUUAGUCUUUACCAAAUCAGCUGAACAAAAAUGAAAAAAAGUAACUUUUUUUGUAAAUUAAAAAUGUUACUUAGUAGGAAGUUUGUUUACAAUUUACAAACAUUUCGGGGAUUUGCGGUCAAGUGCGUUUUAACGAUUUUCUUGCAAAUUCAGCAAGAAAAUAAUUUUCUAACUACCAGUAAACACCGACAAGCUGAAAGUCGUCGCUUUCUUGGUAUUUUUUUGUACGAGUGCUUCUUUUAUCGCUCAAAUUUAGUCUUCCGAAAAUGUCUCGAAACGAGACGCCAUCUUUGCUCCGUUCGCAAAACAGUGAAUAACCAAGGAUAUUCCGAGUUACGGUAGCCAAUCAAAACGCGCGAAAAUUGCUAUUCACUCAUUUGAUUAAUACUUAUAACUCUUAUUUUGAUUUUGAUAGUUACAAUUCAUUUAUACUACCAACAAUUCAUUGUUGAGUAAUGGAAUAUCUUAUUACUUAAUAACUGUCUUUAUCGACACCACAGAUGCACGCCGUUAAAACAGAGGCAUUCUUGACUGGUAAAAACUUGACAAAGGAAAAUACUCUAACAGGUAAAUCAACCGCUGUCCACAAAAGAAGUUUACUCAAAUGUAUAUUUGUAAUAAAUUAUUCGUAGGACCAUAGAUCUCCUUGUUAUAAUAACCGGAGAUAUACGGUUUAUAAAUGUUCCUUCUUCAGCUCUUCGUUUUCGUCUUAUGCCAUUUAUCGGUCUGGUUUUCAAUAACUCGUGUAGAUCUUUGUUUGUUUCAGGUGCCCUUGAAGUUCUGGAACAGGAGAUUUCUCCUCAUUCUUUUCCUACAGGUUCAAGCAAAAAAUACCGAAAAUCGCUAGCACUUGGUUUGUUUUACAAAGUACUAAACAAUUUUAUAUUAUUAUCUACAAUUUUCUUUUUCAAGUAAGAACUGCCGACCAGGACAAGUGUGUUUAAAAGCUAUAAGAUAUAAAUUAAUGCUUUUAUUGUCAGACAAUAUCCCAAAUUGAUGCUUUUAUUGUGCAAUUUUUAACCGAUGAAAAUUAAAAAAAAUAAUAGCUUCCUCAAGAUUUCAUUCUAAAUUAUUUAAAGAAGUACUUCUACUGGCUAUUCACGACGACCUUUACAGAACGGGUCCUACACACUGCGACUUUUGUCUUGACUUAUUGAUUUUAAAUUAUUAGUUGUCGUAGAGAACGAGGAUUACGUACGAAAACUAAUCAUUUAUACUUGUGUUUUACAGUUCUUUUUGUCUGCUCUUGGUGAUAAAGCAUCUGCAAGAGUAAGAUCAGCGGCUAUGACCUUCAUUCGUCCUAUUUCUUGUGGAGCACAGAGUUAUGACUCAAAGCCACAACAAUAUCCACUAACAAAACCCUUGAAUAAACUUAAUGCCAAAGUACAGGUAAAUAAGAACUAUUGCGUGUGUGUAAAGGAUCAAAAAGCUAGUUAAUUAACCCUUUGACGACGGCUUUGAUCGUGUCGGUUUUCUGAUAUGGAAAGUUCUAAUAUAUUUUCCUUCCUAGACCAAUUUAGCUUUCCAUUUAAGAUAUAGAUAUGUUAAGCAGCAAAAUAAGCAAGCAAAGAUCUUUCCAAGGGCCUCAUUUUGCUAAUUUGGAACAGUUAUGACAAAGUUUCCAAGAAACAUUUUGGUUAAAAGUACGCUGCAAAUUUUGCUAUUCACCCUUCUACUCUUUGCAGAUUAAGAUUUUCCCUUUUCUGGAAAGAAAGACGACAAAGGGAGCAACAAAACCGGUGAAAACAAAACUUUCAUCACUCCAACCAACGUUUUUUAUUAUUUUCUAAAUCGCGGACAGUUAAAACGAUGUUAGAUGAGUUACGUACGACUUAACCUGUGAACUUGCGUUAUUUUUAGACAUCUGGCGAAGCUCAGUAUGUUUCCGAUAUUCCAGCUGUGCCUGGAGAACUACACGCUGCCUUUGUUGUUAGCAAGCGGGUAUGAACCAUUUUCUAUUAAAGACGUUGAUUUCAUUACUAUUAUUUUAACGGUGAACAAUAAACACUUAUUGGAUGAAGCUGAGUGUAACAUGAAAAAUUAUUAGCAAUUAUGGGAUGAGACUGAGAAUAAGCUAAAAAAUUAUCCAGAUCAAGGUGGGUGUUAUUCGUUUCGGCCUUCGGCCUCGGUUUUCGGUAAAGCUUAAAAAAGUAAUGAUUGAAAUAUGAGAAGAAACGUUCAUUGAAAGAACCCUUAUAAUAUUAAAUUGUAUUUUAGUUCAUUAUAUUCUAUCAACAUAGUCUUGUGAGAUAGUUUAUCUGGUCUGAAUGAGUUUUAAUUCUUGAAAAAAAAAUAGUAGGUAUACGUAGAUUUUCAUCUACAAUGCAUCGUAAUGUUUUUUUUCUAACUUGCAGGGAAACUGCAAGAUCAGUUCUGUUGACGCAUCUGAGGCAUUGGUUAGUGACUCCAGUUUUAUCGUAAAAUAUAUUAGGAGAUCUAGUAAAACAAUAGUCCACGUUCGAUGUAGUAAAGGCUUUAGGGACAAAAUUGCAAGGUUUUCACGGCUCCAUUGUCUCGCAAAACGCAGAGGAGACUUGAGCACAAAGACAACCAAACUACUGAAAUAUGACCAGAAAGCCUCAUAGUCAUGUUAAUAGCGGAGCUCCACGCGCGCGCGAAGCGCGCGCGUGGGCGGAGCCCCAUAGCUAAGGGAAUCUACCCAUCCAAGAAAAUUUGGUAAUGACGUGACCGUACACCGAACGAACGAACGAACGACCGUCCGUCCGCACCACAGGGCAGCCAAUGUUUACUCUCACAUUUUCUAGCGAGUUUGGGAGCCCAGGAAAAAACUAAUUGCCCAUCAAUGUUGUGAUCAAUUGACAGCUGUCAAAACAGGGUAUCCGCUGACCAGUAUCACCUGACCAUACCGCGGGCUCAAGUGUCGACCCAUCGAGGUCGAGUCUUUUUUUGCAGUUAUCCGUUGACAAAUUACCAGCUUCAAAUGAUCGCUGGCUUAAGUUUAUUUUUUCCAGUGAUUCAUAUGAAAUUUGUUGUGUUUAUGUCAUUAUGGCCCCGCACUAUUAAGAUUUUGAUUUCAAACUGACCUCGGACGCGAAAAUUCAGCCAGGUUUUUUAAAAAUACAGGCGGAGAAGACCUUUUCUUACCAUGGUCACGCGUUGGUCACGCUCUACGUCCAAUUUUUAUGCUCUGAUUGGUCAAAAUUUGACAGGUGAGUUCAUGCGGAAAAUUUAUGCAGCAUCUUGAAAGUUGUUUACUUUGACAGCUGAAGCUGACAGAGUUUUGUGUCAACUUGUGAUGUUUUUAACUGCCUUUUUAGACCGGAUGUACAAAAUGAAAUACAGCUUCUAUCAAGAGUCUUCUGUUAUUCAUGGCUGGUUUGUUUAUUGGGUUUUUGGUUGAGAAAUGCGUCGCUUGUCAAAAUUCGGUAAUCCGAUUUCGGAUGGCAUCGUUUUUGUUUUUACCUUGCUUAAUGCGUAAGAGGGUUUAAAAGUCGCAACCAACUGUGGCCUUCCUUGAUAGCUUUCAGGAACUGAAUCUCGAAUGGUAAGCCUGAGUAAUUAUUGUAUUUGAUGUUUGUUUUUGUUAUAUCUAAUUUCAUGAAGUCGAGUACAGUUUAUGCGGCAAGUUUAUGCACGUUUGUAAGAUUUGAGUCAAUGAUCUGACAUAGUGUCAGGUUUGAUAUAAGCUUACAGGACUUUAAAAGGCUUUCACAAUAUCUUUUCUCACCGCAAAUAGAAAGAAAACGAUCCGAAGAAUAUUUAGUUAUAAAUUCGUUAUUGUGUUGAAGGGUAACUCUAUUAAAGUUCAUUCAAACACUCGACCACACUGACAGCUCGCACUAGAAAUGAGAACCGGCUGGCCGUAUGGGUGAUUUUGGAAUUUUUUUGAACGGUUUCGCUAAAAGCCCACGAUUGAUCGUCCUGAAUAUUGACUAAGUGUAAUUUGUCUUGAAAAAUUGUGAAAUGCCGCAUUCUGUCCGAGGUUCGUAUGAUAAAUAGAAUUGUUUCACCUCAGAUGUGAUGUAUAUUAAAAGAGUAUGAAAGGUUGGUUUACACACCCCUAGAUUUGUUGGCAAGAAUUUGUAAAGUAAACCUGUCGAACGCAAAAAAAAUUCGGCUUGAUUUGUUUUCCAAGAAUUUGUUUUUGAGUCCUAAUCUACUGUGAUCAAGAAGCCAUUAUGACUCUUGAAUGUGAUCGAACAUGUUUGCUAUUUUUGGGGUGUACAUAUAAGGCUAUCAACUCGAUGUAAGAUGUUUCACUCUAAAAUAACUUCGCCUUUCCCUCAAAAGUCACAUGAAUGUGCCCUUAAGUUAACCGAUUUGUGGAUUACAAGUUUAUCGUUUGAUUUAAAUUAUAAAUUUAUUAAUGGGAGCUUCGCUUUUAGCCCUGGCUAAAUCUAUAUAUUAUAUCAAACGUGAGCUAGAUAGAUCAACUUCAGCUGCAUGCAAACGGACGCAAAAUUGUUGGACAACAACUCCCAACAUUGUUGGAUGUUACAUGUUGCGUCCGUUUGGAUACCCUGUAGUUGUUGCGUGGUGUCGGGAGUUGUUGCGCAAAGUUUGUUUAGCUAUGUGCAAACAUUUGCAACACUGUUGUCCAACAACUCUCAACAUUGUCCGUUUGUACGUAGCUUUAGACUGUUUAGAUGCAUGUAUUAUUUGGCCUCGACAAAUCACGCGGCAAAGCCCUUUGCACAUUGUAGUCUUCAUAAAAAAGGGACGUUUCACUUCUCUUUUGGUUCUGUUUUGUGGAGCCUCCUACCAAUCAAAUAAUCAUUUGUUGCAAACUAUAAGUUCAGCCAGAGCUACAAUUCAACGAACUUGUGAUUGACAAGCUAAGUUGUACAGUGGAUGCACGGCAUUGAGAAAUUUUCUUUGCUUUGUAGAUAUUACCUGGAGUAGUCAAAUAUAUCACAGCUGCAGAUAUUCCCAAAGGUGGUGUCAACAAUUUUAUGCCAGUAUCUGAGUUCGAACCCGAAGAGGUAAUUUCUGAACUACAUUUGUACACUUUUUUUAUGUAGAUUGUAGUAAAUCUACGUUAAUAAUUUUUACCAUCUGCAUUCAAUAGACAAGGAAAUUAUCGAAAAGCGCGCUUGUCAAUUAUAGACCAUCGACAGAUGACGUCUCAAAAAGUGUGCUUUUAACAGAAGAGUUACAAAAGAGCCGCGAGCGAAUGAAUGCGUUACUUUCUACUUUCUUACCCGUCUUUCGGGAUUUAUGGAUCGGACGCAAUAAAGCGUAAAAUGGACUAUUUGUUUUAUUCAACAGGUAGAAGAAUAAAAGAAAAAAUUCGCCUCGUACUAGUGCUCGUUUGUUACAGGUGUUUUCAUGUCGACAUAAAAACUCUUUUCUUCUAGGUUUCGUCUGUGUCUUACUAGUCGUAAACAACUUCUUCUAAGCUAUUUAUUCGAGGGCUCGCUUGUUAAAUCUGAAAUUAUCUCGUUAAAUGUGUAAACAUUUUCAAAACCGUUUGAUCAUAUUGUACAAUACAUCGACUUGAGCUUUUUUGAUGUCAUCCGUCUGUGUGAUCCUUCGGGUAAGACUCAAUCAGCGAUCACAGCACGCGCUGGUUUCAUUAAUAAUAAAAACUAUUCCCUCUCGUAUUGCUUAUUCAAUAUUAGUUCUUCAGUAUCACUUACUAUAUAAAGGCAAUAACGUUGUGUUUGUGUCACAGGUACUUUGUACUGGAAAUGUUCUAUUUGCUGGCCAGGCGUUGGGUCUUAUUGUAGCUGGUAAGUCCACAGCUUUUUUAACCCAUUUUGGCAGUUUUCAAAGAAAAUGAUACAAAUUAGAGAGUAAACCUUGAGUGAAGCCAGAUAGAAAUAAGAGGCCCUUUUGGUCUAAAAAGAGUAUGGUUUAAUAACCUGGUAUUUAACUGACCCUUGUUCAUGUUGGUCCCAAGUUAACUCAAUGAAGUGAGUUCUGGGUAAUUGGGAACAUUUGACAGAGUGUGGUCGCUGUAGUGGCUAAAGGGAGGGCUUCAAAAAUCGCGAAAAUCGCAGAUUUUGGUCUGAAAUAGGGUAAGGGGUUAGAGUAUCCUUUCUGUACGCCAUCUGACUCCUUUAAAAGAAGCAAAUCUGAGGUAAAGUUGGAAUAGACCAUUUUACAGUUGGGGCUUAGUAUCCUAGCCUUUGACUGAACGUGAGGCUAAGUUUGACCUGUUUUGAUACAAACCUCUUUCCCUUUCUUAUGGAAAUUAUGUUUAAAAAAUACUAGUUAACAUAAGAACAGCAUGAUUUACAUAGUAAAACAGGAAGGGUUGUAUUAAAAAAAGCCAACUCCAGCCUCGUUUUCACCUGUAACCUUAAAAUGGGCUAUUGGCGAUACCAGGAGCUAAAACUGAACUCUUAACCAUUCAUACUGACCCGCUUUACGUUGGGUGAUCUAUCUGGGUUCCAAUUUUCAGCACAGUUAAUCUCUUCCUCUUUAGGGGUCACGUAAUAAGAGAUCUCUUUUUAGCCAACGCUAAGCUUUGUCCCUUUAGCGUUAGUGUCAGGGAGAUUUGAGAUUUGCCUACUGUAGAGUAUACUCCCAUAACAUUGCAGUUCUAGAGAAAUAUAAUUACAAUUGCAACACAACAGUUCCAGCAGCAAAUGUUAAUGUACAAUACCAAUGAAACGAAAUUACUGGCGUUCAAACCAGUCCACAAUGGUUGUACUUGAUAAAUUUACUUUUGUAGAUACCCAGCGACACGCAGAUGAAGCAGCUAAAGCUGUAAAAAUUGUGUACAAAGAACAGAAGCGUCCCAUUCUCACCAUAGACGAAGCCAUUGAAGCAAACUCGUUCUUCGACGUAAAUGCUGUUGAAUAUACUUCCAAAGCUCUGGAUACAGCUUUAAAGAAAGGCGACGCAGAUGGUAGGCUGCUUCUUUUUUGAAUUUAAUGACACUUAAAAUUUAUAGGUUUUUAAAUCGUAUAAACAUGUGGGUGAAACAAGCGUACCAUUUGAUGGGUCAUAAGCAUGUUGUAAGGUGAUUCCAUAGUAAAAGAACCUAACAUAGAUUUUAGCUAAAACUUGGUACACUGAUGUAACAAGUCAGGAAGAUGAUAAAAAAGUAAUAAAAAGUGGGGGUCACCGUGCUCGUUUUGACGUCACAAUGCUGACAAAUACGGCUCUGUAGGACCCUUUUACAAAAACCGCGGGCAGCGCAAAACUAGACAAAAAGGAGAGAUUUUUUCGAUGAUGCGUGUGACAUCACACAGAAUUUGACUUAAAUGUAUUGUUUAUCCACUUACGUACGAGAAAAAUGCCUUUUAAUGCCCUUGUUUUUACUUUACGCUCCAAAGUAGAAUUAAAUUCGACGGGCGCUUUUCGACCCGUGAUGGCCCAAUCCGUACAAUUUAGUAAAAUUGCCAAAAAACUGAACAUAGAUUUGUGCCAAUUUUUUUCUCAUCGAAAGGAAGCACUGUCCUUAUUAAAAUCAUGAAAUAAAAAAUGGGGGUCACCGUACUCGUUUUUGCAGUAGAGCUGCAGAAAGUGCGCACCAAACGCAUUUUCUCCGAUUUUUGAGAGAGGACUGGGGCAAGUUUCAAAAUAGAAUGCAUGUGAAAGGAGGAAGAAAGUAUUAAAAAAUCCGUUUUUACAGAAUUUACAUCUAGAUAUCACAUUUAGGACACAAUGUGAUAAGGAAAGUGUUUAAAUGAAAAUCAGAGUGAGUAAGCACAAGUUAAACAUCCACUAUCGAGGUUCUCCGAGAGGAGGUCGAACUCAGCAACACGCGUACUGCUUACGUUAUGCACAUUCCCAACACACUGAGUCUCACCUCGGCAAGAAACAACAGCAAGCAAAAAUUCCAAUAGAGUUUCUCUUCAGUCAACUUCAUUUUAAUAAUAUUACUUCACAUGCUCUUUUUGACGGCGGUCAUCUUGUUAUGCGCAGUAAGAGAUGCGCAGUGCAAAACUAGGGAAUCACCUUAAAACUGAACUUUUUACACUGCAUUGUACGUCUUUAUAGAUUCUGAGAAUCCUUCAUUUUUCCGGCUACCCAUCAACUUAAUGAACGAAUGAUUUAAAAAUUUUGCUCCAAAACAGAUGCAACAGAUCAUUAUAUUUUUGUAGAGUAUAUAACACUCUUUCUUUGUCUUUUGUUUUGUUUUGUUUUGUUUUUUCAAUCAGCUGCAAUUAGAAACUCGCCACACAUUGUGCAGGGUUCGGUGUAUACUGGAAAUCAGUUUCAAUAUCAUAUUGAAAAUCAGGUAAGAAAUUUUGCUAUUGACCAUUAGAAAACUGACUACCAGUUAAGUUCCAAAACGGAGCUAUGACAUAUAUUAGCAAAUUUAUUAGAUAUCUGUUUUAUUAGAUAUUAAGCAAUUAUCGGGUGAGGUUGAGUAUGAUGUAUAGAGGACAUUACACGGUGGCGAGAAGGUAUGAAUUUUGUGUUUCGGUGGCAAGAAAAAAAAUAUCUCACGAAUAAGCGCAGAGAACGAGUAAGAUAUUGUUCUUUCCAUGAAAACAUAAAAUUUAUACCGAGGUGGCAUUUGAGUGAUAAACCUACCUAGGCAAACUAAUCAGUCAAACGUAAUGCUCCAAAUUAAAUAAGCCUCUAUCAAAUUUUUGCAUAUUGCUUGGCACUGGCAGCAGUCCCACCAUCGCCUUUGAUGGCAAUGGCUGUGAAAGGGAGCAGGUAUGGUUCAAUGGUAAUGAGAGCCUUCGCAUCCCAGCCACUAUAGUGAGGCUCCGUCGGUUUCGAGUCCCGGCGAUGUCGCCAGCGUACCUGAGUUUGUUGUUGGCUUUCUUCUCUGCUAGGAGAGCCAAUUUGUGUUUUUAGUAAUGGCUUGGCGCACGCUACUGGUGUACACGAGCGUAACACCGUGCCUUAUGCACGAUUCGCGCUCAAGAAAAGGCACGGUUUUUGUGCCAAAGCACGGGAAAAAAACUUGCAAAGGCACAGAUUAGGCACACUUUAGGCACAGUUAAGGCACGUUUUAAAUAUUACUAAGGCACAUUUUAGGCACAGUUUGGGCACAGUUUUAGCACGGUUUAGGCACGGUUUAGGCACAAAUAUUCAAUGCUGGGCACUUUUUUGAAAAUCUUUGUAACCCGACUUGCAAAAAAGAACAAACUUGGUACGAAUUACAAAAAUAAUUCAGGUCAAACACGAUACAGUUAGAAGUAUAGGAAGUGUAAGUUUUGAGCCGCGCCGAAAGUCUGAAAAAUUAAAGUAUUCUUCGACAGUCCGUGUUUACUCCGAGGAUAAAGAGGAAAUUCACACACGAUGUAUGCGGUCUGAACCUUUUCAAUUGCCAUGCAAUUUUAUUGACUCGCUUUCUUUCGUUUCUAACAGAAAUCGUCAAAGAAAGUCGAAGCCAUAAUAACAAAAACAAAGCUAAAGAAGUAAGGCACAAAAAUAGCCAAUAAAAGUCGUAGAAAAUACUUUUUGCGAUGGCGGUAAAAUUGGCCUGAAUUUGCAUAACAACAUGAAAAGUACAAAGUGGUAAUUUGAAACCUUCAUGCCAACGCGUGUUGUUUUUUAAAUACAAAAUGCGGCUGCUUUUUAAAAAUAUUUCUCUAACUAAGAAAGUAGGAUUUACACUUAGUAGUAAAAUAAUUCAAGCUGCUUGUUUGUUUUUGUUUUCUGGCUCUGUUAGCAAAUUAAGCUUUGAUCGUAUAAUAAUCGAUGAGACGUGCUAUUUAUUUUGCUUCAAAACUCAUCGGUGUGCAAUGAAUUUUUUCGUUUUCAUUUUAUGUCAUAUCACAAGUAAAUUCUUUUUUUGAAUGCAAAUCUGCCCUCCUGAAAAAAACAAAUGUUUCGUUCCAACUAAACGCUCCGCUAAGAAGGGGAGAAGAAACCUACUCGGAAAUUUUUUAACAUCGAUGAAAUUAGCAUAUCAACAAUGUAACUGAGCUGAGCACUUACUUUAAAUACGCUAACCUGUUUAAGAUUCCAUUUUCCUGUUUGUCGGUGCUUUCCCUGCUGUCUCUAGCCGUAUUCUGAGUCAUGUUAUUUCUUAUUAGGGGAUAAAAAGGUCGUCAGACCGUAUUUCUAGACUUCGUAAACCUCAAAACUGACAUAAUUGCCGAGCGCCCUUUUCGUUCGCUGUGGAGAUCGAUAGGCUGGACACGAUUUUUCGAGUGACUCAAUAUUUUGGCACAACUUGUGCACAGAUUAGGCACAGUUUGGGCACAACUUAGGCACGGCUAAGGCACGUUUUUCAAAACUAAAAUGCACACUUUAUGCACAUCUUAGGCACAUUUUAGGCACAAAAACUUUAAGCCAAAGCACGCUCUAGAAUCCGAUUUUCGGUCCAACGCACGGUUUACGAAUUUUCACGUUAAAAAAUUGCUGUCUAACCUUACAUAUUUGAUCUUAGCGUAAAAAUGGGUUUCCCGAAGUCUUAACAGUUAGCCUAUAAGGAAGGUUUAACUUAUGAGCAUUCCAAAAAUUAUUAUUUCUUCUCUUAACAACAACAGAAAGUCAAUGAAAACCAAUCUUUUAAAUUGACGUUCGCGCUGCACAGAGAUCGUAUGUAGACAAAACAUCUUUCUGAAAACGCCCUAAACUUUGUUGUUUUGCCAUUAUGUUCAGUAAUUUUUAAUACAGUUAGUACUCAUAAGUCACUGACCUCUUCGGAGAAAUUUUUCCAAAGUACCAUUCACAGAAACAGAGAAAUCCUACAAUAUGCGUGGUUAGACUGUAAAUGUUACGCGAGCUGUUAAAAAAUGGUCCCAUUUUGAGCCAUACUUUUCAUAUUUCAAUUUUAUUUUGGCCUUACAGCCAGAAAAAAAAUAUUCAAUGAAAAGCUGUUUAUAAACUUUAACUUCUUGCCAAAUAUCGAUGCGAUCUGAGUUUUAAUAAGUUCAUAAGAGCCAAAUGAUGUGAGAUUCUUAGCCGUGUACACCAGUAGCGUGCGCCAGGCCUAAUACAGUAUAAACCAAGGGUUCGAAUUCAUAUAUUUCAAUUGGGUCUGGAAAUUGUCUCCAGUUAGCUGGGAAGACUUAUGCAGUUCUCGAUGUUGUUAGCAAGUUUACGCAACAGGACGGCAGAAAGAAGAGGACGGCAAAACGCUUGAGUGUGACAAACGUGACGGGGCUAUUACUUGAGUGUUUUGUCGAGAAUUCACUUAACGUUGAUGUUUUGCUCCUCUAAAACAACAUCUGAGUUUUUAAAGGAAUGUGAAGUUUGGCGGAAGGUCUCUUCAAACAAAAUUAUUGUCACACUUGUCACACAAGGUUUGCCGUCGUCUUUUCUUUUUUCGUCCCGUUGCGCAAGUUCACUAAAUGCGUCUACUUAAAUUAAGAAUGCCUUAAUAUACUCACUUGUAAUACUACUUUUUAUUGGUAUCUACAUUUAUGUCAGAUAGCGCUGUGCGUGCCAGAGGAUGAUAGUCUAACUGUCCACUGCGCAACUCAAAAGAUUGAUGGAACCCAAAGAGCUGUCGCUAAGGUUCUUAACCUACCAAUUCACAGGUAAUUAUAAUCCACUCUUUUCUGCGCGCGUCAUUUUUUAAAGGUAAUUACAAAUAACAGUUUAUAAGGAACAUCAGAUAUGUACUGGUAAUAGCAUGAUUUGUAGUGAUAUUUGGCAUAAAUACCACGAGUGAUAUUUCAAAAUUGUUAUACGUAAUUUCACGAGGCGUUAGACGAGUGAAAUUUGAGACAAUUUUGAAAUAUCACAAGUGGUAUUUAUGCCAAAUAUCACGUACAAAUCAUGCUAUUAUUUGUUUAUACUACUACCCGCAAACUGUUUGUAAUUUUCACGUGUAGGUAUUUCAAAUUAAGCUGAAAUACCACUGCUCUAAGCCAAUCAAAUCGCAGAAAUUUCUCAUGUAGUAGUAUAAUUCCUAUAAUUAUAGUCAUGAAUGUCAUGAAUAUUCAUUCAUUAAUUUAUUUAAUUUGCACAGAGUUAAUAUGAGUGUGAAGAGGUGCGGAGGAGCGUUUGGCGCCAGGAUCACAAGAGCAAACCAAGUCGCAUCCGCAUGCGCCAUAGCUGCUUAUGUAACCAAACGGUAAACGUUUUGUUCUUUAAGGUCCGAUAUGUAAAGUGGAAUACUCUGGGAUCGUUCUUUUCCCUUUUUGCACUUAAGAUUGUUCGCAAAAUGGCUUACGUACUCAGCAAUUCUCUCUCCUCCUUACUCAAACAUAACAUUUCAAGAAACGGCCUGUUGGCCACGAAUCAAAGAAAUCAGGAUGAUUAAAACGGAGGAGUUCCCCAAAGUGAUUUUCAUUUUUUCAGGGUACACCCGUUUAGCUUCGAGUCUUGUUUUUACAACUGUGCGUAAAUUAUUUUACCUUUUAAUCCAAGCGAGUAUAACGAUUUUAUUUGAAGGAUCUGUUAGGGAUUCCUUUUAGGGUCCAAAAACAUUUUUAACAUUAUCUAGUCCGGUUUGCCUGGCUCCAGAACCUACAGUCACUGUUUUCCUAGUUUAGUUUUUAUUCAGUGCGGAUGUUUCACACAAACAGCAAAAUACAAUAUUUUACAGUGCUGUACAAUGCAAUUUUCUAGGCCAGUUCGUUUGAGAAUGGAUUUAAACACCAACAUGCAGAUGUUUGGAUCAAAAGAACCAUUUAAAGCUGUUUAUAGGGUAAGAAAUUGAAUCUAUUCUACCCGACUCAGUUUUACAGGCAACCUUUGGAGGAGAGAGUAAGCUCACUAAAAAUGACGGGGGUCCUCGAAGUAUUUUAAGUAAAUUGAUACCAUUUAGCAACCUCGUGCCCAGGGCGCUUUUCCCUGGCCUCCAAAGCCAGGGAAAAGCACCCUGGGGACGAGGUUGACCAUUUAAGGUUUUCAAAUCUCAAAUGACGGUCUUGGCCGCGGUUGUCAACACUGCUAGUUUAGGGCCUAUAGGUUUUUGGGAGCCAAAAAUAUGAUGGGAGAACUAUUUUAACUGAUGAAAAUCUUGGUUACACGAGGGCGACAUUUACUUUUAUAUUUUCUUGCCUGUUCUUUAAAAAUAGACAUCACGGAAAGCUUCGUUGUACUUUUUUUCACCACAAAAUGAAGGACGCUUAUUUCCGUUCAAGGAGGUAAAGCCCUCUCCUGAUCGCUAAAUGAUUAAAUUUCUAACAUUUGAUAACUUGUUUUCGCCGACAUUCUCGCUAAAACUCGUAGUAGACCGACAACGGCUACCACAUUUUCCCGCCAAAAUAACGUUGGUUCGCGCGCGUGCACUACUUAGUAUUGGGAAAAUCUCGUUCUCGUACACGUCCUUGUCUUAGAAUCUAAAGCUCUCUAAUUUCGCUCUGCUCACCCGGAGGUGAUGCACCAGUUUGAAUGUUUAACUUUUUUCCUACCAUUGCCCAAUUAAGCAACCACUGAAGUUUUUACCUAACCAUUAAGUCUUUGAUUAUCUUACAGUCAUUUUAUGGCUUUUCCUUAUUAGGUUGGUGUCUCAGAAGAUGGUAAAUUGAAUGGAAUAGAUCUAAACUAUUACGGUGACUGCGGGUGCAGUUCUAACGAUGCCACCAUUUUGUAUGCCAGAGGAUGGAUGGACAAUGGUGAGGUCUAUGUCUCUACAUAGUACUGCGGAUACCUAACUUGCAAUCUUAGUUGGAAUUGUUGUGUCACCUCCUUGAUUUCCAAGCCUGCCUAGCAAGCGUUUGCGAUUGAUUAAUUGCACGAAACGCUUGCUACACAGGAAAUUUAUGUCCCGUUUUUUGCCCCAAGUUCAAAGGAGCUUGUUCUUUGUAAGCACGCAUGUUUUCACAUAACACCGUAACUAUGAGAAAGGUUGAAGUUGUAAGCGUUUUUUGUGAACCCUACUUGGUCAAAAUUGUGGCUGAAGCACAUGCGCAGAGAAAUGCUGCUUAUAUAUCCAAUAAGGACGAAAAUAUGCUCUAAGUUUUGGAUAUCUUUAAGCCAUUCUCAUUCUAAUUGGCUGGACACUGGUCCAAAAAGGAGGAAAUAGCCCAAGGGCUUAUAAGGUGUUAUCUCCUGAUAUGCUUUAAUUAAUUACCUAAUAUCAGCUAUUAUUAUUCCUAGCUAUUGAAAUGCCUCGUCACACCUAUGAUUUUUCAAUUUCAGCUUAUUUUUGUCCCAACUGGAACAUUGUGCCUCAUGCUGUUCGCACCAACAAACCUUCAAACACAUGGUGUCGCGCACCAGGUAUGCUAUAACCUUUUCUCAAUUUGGAAUCCGUUUAACGAGGCCUAUUGAACAACAUGUAGCCGUGCAAGAGACAAAGAAAAGCUGUCUAAGUGAAACAAAAGCCUCGAAAAACGAAUUUAUAACAAUUUGACUUUUAUUCAACAUGCUGCAACAAAACUAGUAGGCCAAAGUAACAAAUACAAUUGCAAUUAGUUCCUAGAAGUUUACACUUGGUAAGACUUAUUACCUCGAACUGAUUUGAAACUUCUAUAUUCUUAACAGCUGGAGAAGAUAAACUAGGGCUCGUUUCGAUUAUACUGCAGUUUAAUAGAACUUUUUUUAUAUAUUUCGUCCAAGGCUCUAGCCAAGCGGUUUUUAUUAUGGAAUCAAUUGUGGAACAUGUUGCCAAAACUUUGAACAAGACACCAGAGGAAGUGAGGGAACUAAAUUUGUAUAAGAAUGGACAAGUAAGUUUUAACUUUCUUCAUUAUAACUUGAAUUUUUUGAAUUUGUGUGUUGAGUUGUUAAUUUUAUUUCUAGUUUAGUCAUCUAGGGCUUUAUUCUCACAAACUCCCUGAGUAAAGUAAAAAACGAUAAACACCACCUGAACUUACCUACACCUUUACCUAGUCCCUAGGCCUCAUUAUUCCAUUACCGAAGUGAAUUGACCGUGAAGGCCUGGGAAAACGCUGUACAGGUACUAGGCAACCUCCACCUGAGCUUUGUAAAGCGAUAACCUUAGCCUGCGAAUUCCAACCACCACUCGCCACUGACCGUCCCCAAGGACGUUUAGGGAGCGAUAAGAAUCGGGGGGCUGUAUUCGCAGGAAACGACGAUGGCCCCUGGCGAUGGCCCAAAUGUACUUCCAGAGGACCCUUCAGCCAUUUGACAGUUACUGAAACAUUUCAUGAUCAAAAUUCUGUUUUCUUUCCGUCCUCUUUCUGUUUCGUCCCGUUUAAGAAAGAUAGAAAUCUAAUUAUUUUAUUAAUGUGUCAAAAUAACACUUUUCCCUUGUAUUUUUUAUUAGUUACUUACUACUAAUAAAAAAUUAACUUUCAAAAAAGUCAAUUAAAGGAUGUUGUGGGAAUUACUCAUCACAGUUUGUCAAAACCUUUGCAGGUAACGCAGACGGGACAAAAACUUAAGGACUGUAACAUAUCUAGUCUAUGGAAUGGUAAUAUUUGUUUAUUAAAUAUUUUUGGAUUGCAUUGCGCGUUAUUUUUUAAUCAUUUUCAUUUACUCUGACUAGGGUGUCGCUAUGGUUUUACAAAGAUAGAAUCGAAAUCUGCCGAUCGAAGCAAUUGCAACCUUACUAGCAAACGAAAAAUAGCUUGCUCUGGUGAUGCCGACUGCCGCACAAGUUGCCGAAACGUCAGUCACUGUCCACAGCAGUCCAAUCCAGGACUACAAUCACACGACGAUCAUGCUGGACAUAGUUAUGACGUGGCACCUAGGUUGAAAUCGCCGUUUACCAUAAUUUAUCAAAAUGACUUCUAUUGUACUUUAGAGACAACCAAUCGUUCUCAAGUAUCACUCACAACAACUGAUUCGGUAUGGUUCCUCUUUUUCUUGUUUGUUUUUUUAGACCUCAUGCUAUCAAGUGACUUCAUGGAGAGAAAAGAUGCAAUUGACACCUUUAACAAGGUGAGGAUGAGUUGGUUUCUGCGUCUCAUCCUCUUAGUCUUUUUAGGACCUGAUAACUAAACUUCACUAAACCUCUUCUCGUUUUCAAUAUUUUUGUCCCUGCUAGAAAAUAUAGAGGACCCGUCUAGUACGGACCUUUUCAUUUGGUCUACCAAAACUUAGCUAGAAAGUUAGUUGAAUCCGUAAAAAGUUGAUUCCCCUUUAAUUCAUUGUUUUCAUCUACACUGAAUUUGAAAAACCUUAUAGCAAUUGAAAAAAAAACAAUAGGUUUCUAUACAAAAGCAGAAUGAUGUCGUAAGUCGAUUAGCUUUUUUUUUAGAACAAUCGCUGGCGGAAGCGUGGAAUCAGUGUCGUUCCUCUAAAGUAUGGAGUGCGGUGGGAUGGUAGGAGGCAUACUGCUUUGGUGUCAAUAUAUCAUACAGAUGGCACCGUCGCUAUUGCUCAUGGAGGAAUUGAUAUUGGGCAAGGAAUUAACACCAAGGUAUUAUUAAUAAAACGUUAAAAGAAACCUGGGCGCUCAAAUUCUAUCUUAGUGAUCGUUGUCGCAACGAGGGCUGCGACUGCUUUUCUGGCUGAAUCAAUGUCUCCAUAUCACUGUUAAAAUCGCUGUCACCGAACAUUUUUUUAGUGUUCGCGGCGAUCAUAUGUGGAAACCACCCAUUCUAUACAAUCAAGGCAGGCUUCCUACCCAGGGGAGGGAGCUGGGGAAAGCGACGCCCAUAUGAAUGCAAAAUUGGAGUUAAACCCCUUUAGGAGACCAAUCUUGGUGUGACUCAGGCUUUCUUUAGCCACAAAGGAGACUGUACUAAAGCAGACAACCAAAUAAGAUAUAUAGAUAUCGUCAUUGUGCUGAAGACGUUGAAAUCAAAUGCUGUAGAUAAUUCUUUACCAACAGCCCUAAGCGAUACCUCAAUUGGUAAAAACAUUGGCUUUCAGUCUUGAUCAUUCUAAUUGAGACCAAAAACUACAAAUAAAAUCACAUCCCUAACCCCUUCUUUUUCAUAUGAGGGUCCCCCGGGCUUAAUGCUUUAUCCACAUUAUCUGAUAGAGGUAUAAUAGGAAGUGCGCAUUAGAUACAAAUACCUGCAUAUAUCAUACUGUAAGGUUCUGCAAGGCAAAUUAAAGAGAGUCCACUAACUUGUUGUAAAGGUGAAUUCAAGGGCUUACUUGAGUAACUUGAAGUAAUUCUUAAUGGAUUAAACUGAUAAAUAAUGACUUUCUCCAAAUUGGACCUGCUUUAAACUUUUAUCUUAGAAUUUUCGAACUAAACUAACUUGGCACUUACAAUAUCAGAGGCGAAUUUAAAUUUUUCUCAAGCAUUUAGUAAUGUUUUUUGCCUCACUAUAGUCAAAGCAUUUUAAAAUAGUAAAGACCUGUCCAGAAUUACCCGUUAGUGCUAUCUAAUUGAUGAGAAAUUUUCAUUCGCCUUCUUUAAUACAUGCCAAACUAUUUCCCCGGCCCAUGUAUAUCUUCUUUUUUGGCAUCCUGGCUGUCAUUAUUUCAGUAAUACAUUGCAAUUGGCCUGUUAUUACAUAAAUGAACUAAAGAAAAGGUAUAUCUUUUAGGUUGCUCAGGUUGCAGCGCACCAGCUGAAGUGUCCACUGGAAAUGAUUGUCAUCAAACCAACCACAGCAUUUACCAAUCCAAACAGUACGUGACAAACCUGUAAUGUUUCCUUUGAUAUCUUUCGACUUUACUCGGAACAUUUGGCCCAGCCAGAUAGGAUUGAUAUCCCCUGUUAAAACUUUACAACAAAACCGAACAUCAUUUUGUACAACAAUAAAAAGGAAAUAGUUGUUGAACAAUUGCUGUUGUUUCACAGCAUUUGAAUGUCCAUACUAUCGGAUUUUUUGCACCACACACAUACCUCACCACUACCCCUCUUCGAAACGAUGUUUAUUGCAUGAUGGCGACUUAUCAUGUAACAUCCGUAUCAUAUCUUGUCUAUGGUCACGCCCAAUUUGUCUUUUUUUGUAGAUUCAAGCACAGCUGCGAGCUCAACAAGUGAGAUGUGUUGCAAGGUUUGUACAGCUACUAGUCCAAUUCAUGAUCUCUUCAUAAAACCUGCUGUAAAAAAUAAAAAAGCCAAAAGCUCUUUUACAAUGCGACAGCUCGAACCAGCCGCGGGUACUUGGGAGAAGAUUAUCCAAUCACUACGUUUUAUGAAAACAGAAGAUUCUGGAGGUUUUUUUGCCAAUGGACCAAUAGCAUUCAUAAAUUUGAGGGCUGUUUCCUGAGAGGUCAGGUAUGUUCGAACGAUUUUAAAGGCAUAGUCUAACCUUGUAUUUUAUUAGCCCGUUUGCAAAACAACUUGAAAAUUUUUUGCUUCUAAAAGCGUUGUGAUUGGAUAAUCUAAAUACUAAUACUAAUUAUAAAACAAACACAGAAUAAAAACUAUACCAAGAACACUGGAGAACUCCAUUUCAAUCAAAUAUUAUUAAUUCGGACAACAAAGGUUGGCAAUGGCAUAAAAGAGGUGUCUGUAUUACAGGGGUGGGGAUUGUAUGAAGAUUAGCAUUUCUCUGGCGGGACAAACUCUGGGUCAAUAAUCCACCAAUGUUGGCCAAUAUUAUGGAGGUUUCGGUAAGGCGAGGUUCAAGUGUAGUCAUUCUAAUGUCCAGGGGCGUAGCCAUCACAUGGACCGUUAGGUCCAAGCCUACAAAUUUUUGGUUUGAUCGCUCUACCGUUUGCCAGUACUAAGUUAUGAGUUGUUGAGGCAAGCUAAAACCCUUAAGAGCUCAAAGUGUUGGUAAGGUCAGUGCAUACUAGUCAUGCAUCAGCAUGCAAUUUUCAGGAUAUGUGGAAAUGAAAGUUAGCCAGGCCUACAACUAGUCGAAAAGCUGGCUACGCCCCUGAUGACUUCAAUAAACUAAAGGAAACCUUCCCAAACAGAACUCUUGGAGCUGGGACUGGCCGUUGUCAAGUCAUUUAGUUUUUUUGCCUGUUUAUACUGUCGGUGGAAAGUCGUCCGUCGUUCAAAGAAUUGCCUGUAAAAGGUUUAGUACCAGUGCCAUUCACCAGUGUUCUCUCAAACAAAUUUACCCUUUCGCCCUUUAUCCCUUAACGCCACGAAAAACCUAUGCCUAUGUCUGUUACCGUAUAAAUAACUAACUUAUUAUAUAGCACCGUCCAGCAGUUAAAAAAUAUUAUUUUAGGCGGUAAUGGAAUGCUGCGACGUCUUGAAUAAAGUGAUUGACCCAAUCAGAAAAACCAUGCCAUCCGGUGCGGCCUGGCCUGGACUGAUUGAAAGGUGCUAUGACAAUGGAGUGCAUUUAUCAGCCACGAGUAUGUAAGUUUUAAACCACACCAUAUUUGCUUUCACUGAGGUUAAACAUUGCAAAUAAUUUUAUCUUUCUUGAGAAACACGCAUUCCUGGGGUUUGAACUGAAUGUUGCAUAGUUUAUGUUUCGUGUUGUUCUUAGAGUUAGUUAGCCUUUUCUUUUCUUAGGUACCAAGAUCCAACACCACCAAGUGACACAUAUACAUACAACACUUACGGCGUGACUUGCACUGAGGUUGAGGUUGAUGUACUGACAGGAGAAAGAGAGAUCUUGCGCACUGAUAUACUAAAUGACUGCGGAGAAAGGUAACAGUAAAAGAGACUUUCAAUUGCACGUAUCCAUAUAGUGGUGGUCAGAUGCCUUUAAAUCACAAGGGUGUUCUUUGCGAGUCGAAAUUGUUUCCAGCUUGAACAUCAACAUUCAAACAUUAUGUUUAAGUCAAAACUGGUCAAUUAAUGAGUAUUUGGGCCUAGAAAUAAAUGUUUGCUAAAGGGUCGUUAGUCUUGUAGAGCGUUUUCAGUCAACAAAAAGCCUCUCACAGAACACCAACAUUGCCGCCAUUUCAUUGUUUUGGGACACUAGCACGACGGAAAUGACGUCAUGUGAAAACGCUCUGUUGAUGCAAAUACGUGGAACCUCUAUCAAAAGUGGUUGGUGUUAAACACGGCCUCUUUAAACUAAAAUGAUGUAAUGCUGUAAUGAUAUCCACAGCAAGAACCCUGUUUUGGACAUUGGUCAGGUGGAAGGCGCCUUCAUGAUGGGAGUUGGUCAGUGGCUGACAGAGAAAUUCAUCUACGAUCCUCAGACAGGGAGAAACUUAAGUAAUGGAACUUGGGUAAGUUUUUGCAAGAGAUGAAGCUCUGACUCGCUUCUUAAGCCUGUGGUGAUUCUUGUUGAACGUUUGUGUAAAAUUAACUUUUUAGACGACAUGGCAAAGGCGCCAAAUUUCUUUAACACUAUUGCAGUUGAUUUUUGCUGGUUGUGCUAAGAUUAAAGAGUUCAGUGGUGGCGCAAGAGUUCAGUGCGACACAAGCAAAUAUCAGGGGUAGGCUAUUACAUUAGGGCAAUCCAUCUAGGUGGGUUAUGAAAUCAUAUCUUUCAACCAAGUUGCAUAGUGUAUCUUCAGUUAUUUGGACAAUAGACCCUUAUCAACAACGUCAAUAGUCGAUGAAGUUGAUGGAUAGAUUGGCCGAAAUAGAUUGACAGUGGAAAUGCAAAGCACGAGGUUAAGGAAUGGCAAUCCAGCCUGAAAUUAAUGGUUUGCGAAACACGUUGAAUGGCGUUUUUCGCACGCUUCAUUUGAAUCUCAAGUUAUCCGCGCCCCUCGCUUUCGUCUUCCUAUUGUUAUAGCUUAGCAGUUCAGUCAUUAGAGUAUUUUCCAAUAGUGCACGGGUAUGAUUUUCACACACGAGUUAGGAAAUCAUAAACUUCUUGAAGCCUAAUAAUAACCAAAUGUCUUUUACUUGUAACUUACUGCAGCUAACUGCUUACCUAUGUUCCAAACUGCUAACCCAUGUAAGGAAAUACAGGACAGUCUUGGACUCCACGCUGUUGAUUCAGGAUUCUUGAUUUUCAGUUUUUGCUAGAAUAACUUGGAUUCCGGAUUCCUUGAGCCGUAUUCCAGACUGCAAGGCCCAGGAUUCCGGAUUCCACUUGCAAAUUCUCCUGGAUUUGGGAUUCCAGAAUCCAGAUUCCCUUACAGGGGGCGAAAAAUGGACUUUGGACUUGUUUUCUUUAUUUUAUUAGGACUACAAGCCUCCAUGUUCCAAGGACAUUCCAAUUGACUUCAGAGUAUCACUACUGAAGAAUGCUCCAAAUCCACUUGGCAUCAUCAGAUCCAAGAGUAAGCAAAUCAACUUAUUAACUGCAUGUAAGGAAUGACCCUUGUCAUAAUUCUAAAAAAAAAUCAUUUUUCUUUUGUAAAGUUUCCAAAAUCCUAUACAAAAUUUCACGAGCCGUUAGGCGAGUGAAAUUUGAGACAAUUUUGAAAUAUCACGAGUGGUAUUUAUGCCAAAUAUCACGUACAAAUAUGCUAUUAUUUGUUAUACCACUACCCGCAAAAGGUUUGUAAUUUUCACAUAUAGGUAUUUCAAAUUAAGCUGAAAUACAACUGCUCUAAGCCAAUCAAAUUUCAGAAAUUUCUCAUGUAAUAGUAUAAUACCGUAAAAUUCCCAAAAUAAGCCCCUCCAAAUAUAAGCCCCCCAAACCGGUAACGCAAAAAACCCUCCGUUAAAUCGCCCCCCCAAAUAUAAGCCCCCCGGGGGCUUGAAAUUGGAAAAAACUGCCCUCAAAUACAAAGUAAAACAAAGGAAAAACGGUAAAUUUACGUCCAAGUAUAAGGCUAGCCCAAUCGAUUUUGAGACGCAAAUUUCCCUCCGUGGAUAAGCCCUUCCGAAUAUAAGCCCCUCAAAAAGGGCCUUUGAAAAAUAUAAGCCCCGGGGCUUAUUUUCGGAAUUUUACGGUAUGUCUUAUGUUUCAUCAGCUUCAGGGGAACCUGCACAAUGCAUGGCCUGCUCGUGUUUGUUUGCUGUAAAACACGCUGUGGAAGAAGCACGAGCCGAAGUCGGCAAAGGAGAAGAAUAUUUUGUCAUGAGUGAGUAACGUUAUCGUAAACUUUUUACUAUGACUGAAAAAUAUUUCUCCGCCUCCUUUGGUCGAUUUGAGUCAUUUUUUAUUGCGUAUCAUGUCGAGCUCUCACUGAUUGGUCAACAGACCCUGGUCUCGCGGAUACUCAUUUUAUUUUUUUUUAUUUCCCUUUUUAUAUCAAGGAUAAAAUUUCAACCGCCACGUUUUCACCAGCACUUUUUUUCUGGUUAUUUUAGAUGGGCCCAGCACGGUAGAGGAUACACAGUUGGCAUGUCUUGUGGAUCCCAGCCGCUUCACCCUGUGAGCAAAAAGACUCGUAGGGUAGGCCAGGGGAGUGUAUGGCGGAGAACUCUCAAGGUCUCCAAGGAGUUACGGCCGAACGUGAAUGUAUCAGAGUCGAGGGAAUGAGCUCUUGUCAAUGGUCGUUGAAUGUUCGAGUCUAAAAGAAACCCAGAAUUUGAAGGAU